AUGCCAUUCUUAUUGGAGCUGGAUAUGUUUGAGGCGCUGAAGAAAUUCAACAUUCUGAGGUUUCAAAUCUACUACGGUAAGUCUGAUCCAAACUUUCCUGUUGGUUUGUAUUUGAAUUCGAUGGCUCUAUGGAGCGGCAACGAGCAACUAUUGUGCAAGGAAGGCUUGGCUGAGAUGUUUAUGGCCAGGUUUGUUACAAACAUGGCACAACCACUGAGGGUAGACUCCCUAUUGGCUUUGAAGAUUAGCGAUGGCGAAGGCCUCAAGGCUUACGCCAAGAGAUACUAUAAGGUGUACAAUCGGAUUCUGGCGUGUAACCAGGAGCUGGCAGUCGUGUCUUUCAAGAACGGCCUGGAUGAUAAUUGCCCGCGUCAGAAAUCACUUGCAAAAACACUACCGAAGAGCAUGGAAGAGCUCAUGUCACAAAUUGAGAAAUAUGCCAGAGCAAAAAAAGAAACACAAGGAAAGGGGACACCAAAACAAGAAGGGAGAAACGGCUCGCUGAAACGAGACCGAGGGAAUACCGGCAUUGACCAGCCAAAAAUAGGAAUGAGGACUAUGUAG